AUGUGUCUAGACAUCCCUUAUAAACCACAGUACAAUGGAGGGAUCAUCGUGAUUCGCUGGUCACAAUUCGCAAACGCCAAACUUGAUUUCAGAGAAUCCGGAGGCAAUAAGUUUGUUGUUGCACGAGGAAGGAACCAAUCUUAUGACAGCGUCUCACAGAAAGUUUAUUUGGAAAAGGGACUUCUCUACACUUUCUCUGCUUGGUUACAAGUAAGCAAAGGAAAGGCUCCCGUGAGAGCCGUUUUCAAGAAUAAUAAUGGUGAAUAUACGCAUGCCGGUGCGGUUAUUGCUGAAUCAAAGUGCUGGUCCAUGCUCAAAGGUGGUCUCACUGUUGAUGAAUCUGGUCCUGCCGAACUUUACUUUGAGAGCGAGGACACAACCGUUGAGAUACGGGUUGAUAGCGUCUCGUUGCAACCAUUCACACAAGAAGAGUGGAACACUCACCACGAGGAGAGCAUUCACAAGACGAGGAAGGGAGCCAUGAGGAUCAGAGCCGUAAACAGCGCUGGUGAGCCAGUACCAAACGCAACAAUCUCCAUCGUACAAAAUAGACUCGGUUUCCCAUUUGGUUGCGAGGUAGAAAACAACAUUCUUGGAAACCAAGCAUACCAAAACUGGUUCACUAAGAGAUUCACCGUGACAACUUUCGCUAACGAGAUGAAAUGGUAUAGCACGGAAGUAGUACAAGGCAAAGAGGAUUACUCCACAGCAGACGCUAUGUUAAGAUUCUUCAAACAACAUGGUGUCGCUGUACGUGGACACAACAUUGUAUGGAACGACCCUAAGUAUCAGCAAAGAUGGGUGAGUUCUUUGACCGGUAACGAUCUCUACAACGCUGUGAAAAGAAGGGUUUCCUCUUUGGUUUCAAGAUACAAAGGCCAGCUUGAGAGUUGGGACGUUGUGAAUGAGAAUCUACUUUUCUCGUUUCUUGAGAGCAAGAUGGGUCCUCAAGCCUCUUAUAACAUCUAUGCGUUGGCGCAUUCUAUCGACCCACGGACAACAAUGUUUAUGAAUGAAUACAAUACGUUGGAGCAACCGGGAGAUGAGGCUUCUAGUCCAGCAAAGUAUUUGGGGAAACUUCGAGAGCUUCAAUCUAUUCGUGUUGCUGGAAAGAUUCAGUAA